CAAAAUUUUGCUUGUGAUUAUAUGAGAUGGGAGAUUGUUCUAUGGAUUUAUAAUAGAUGCUGUAUUAUCUUUCAAAAGAAUGUGGGCCCGACCCAAUUGAGGAAGUUAUGCCUAAAGUGUAGUUAGCAUAGUGUCCCAGUGGGAAUCAGAAGUUUAACUAAUGGUAUCAUCUCUCCUUGAUAGGGGCAAUAGUAAUGGAUAGAUGAUUGAAAGGAGAAAUAAAGUCAACCAUAUAGGGUGUACACGAACAAGCUGGAGAACAAGGUUUCACGUUUGGAAGAAGAGAAUGAAAGGCUCAAGAAGCAGAAAGUUUUGGAUGCUUCCUGGUACGUGCCUAACUUGCAGUGAAAUCCACUUCAAGAAUAUUAGGUUCAAGUCUUCAACAAAUAGAGGGCUUGGUUCUGUAGCACUCUACGGCUCCAAGCAGUAUCAUCUCAAUGUUGUGCCACUUACCAAAUCAGCUAUGUUUCUCAGCCCAUUGCAAGGAAACUUCCUAGGGAGGAAUUUGGGCUCAUUGCAAGAAAAGGGCCUACAUCACACAUAGUGGACACAUGAUCAUGGCCAAUGAGGUUGGUGUUGUAGACAUUUGCCAGAAGAUAUGGCUAGGAAAGGAAGACAUAUGAUCGGUCCAGAAGGGGACCUUACUGAAACAGUUCAUGUGGAAGGCUAGGAAAGGAAGACAUUUAUAGUUUAUUUUGAAAACUUUAAAUAGACCAUUAAUUAUUUUGUUGAUAUUGUGCUAAUUGUUGUCUUGAUGAAUGUUAAAU